UUGUCUAAAAAACGUCCUUUAGAACCAGCUCUACGGAAUCCUGCUAAUAUCUCACUUAAUGCUCCAUCCACAUUCUCCUCUACAUCAAACUCAGCAGUUGGAACUGCUCAGAAUGCUAGCAUUAACAAAACAGCUACAGGUGAACGUCAAAGAAAGUAUCCAGCUCUGAUUCUGACUGAAGAGGAGAAAAGACUAUGCAAGAAGGAGUCAAUUCUCCUACCAGACUUCUAUCCACUAACAAAAGCUGAAGAGCGUGAUUUGAAAAGGAUUCGGCGAAAAAUUCGUAACAAGAGAAGCGCACAAACGAGCCGAAAACGCAAACAGGAUUAUAUAGAGCAACUAGAAGAUCGUGUUGCUGAUUGCAGUCAAGAAAAUCAGGAACUGAAAGCGCAGGUUGAAAUGCUUACUCGUCAGCACCAGUCAGUCCUUUCACAGCUACGGAAAUUGCAAGCAGCUCUCGGACAGAGUACGCGUCGGGGAGCUCAAGCAGGCACUUGUCUCGCUGUUUUACUACUUUCCGUUUGUUUGCUUGUGGCACCUCAUCUAAACCCCUUGGUAAUCUUUUUUAAAGAUUUACCUAUUUAUCAGUGUUUUUCAACAAUAAUAUAA